AGGACAGCGUGUGUGUGGCUGAUGCAGCCCAGCUGCGGGAGUCCCUCGGACACACUCUAUGGCUGUGCUGCAGCUGAUGCCGCUGUGUUUUAUUGAGUGUGAAUCUCAGGCUCCAGCAGGAGACUCCGCGCUCACGCCCCGCCCCCGCCUGUAUUUAUAGCUUAUUGCAACAGCAGCUUACAGUCAGUCAUUCAGCGAGCGAGCGAGGAACCCCAGCGAAGAUCAUCAGCUCUCUCUCUCCACAUCCAGACCGGACCAGCAUGAAGGAGCCCGCGUCGGAACCCGGGUCGGAGCCCGCGUCGGAGCCCGCGUCGGAGCCCGGGUCGGAGCCCGCGUCGGAGGCCGGGUCGGAACCCGACGCGAAGCGGGAGAACGGCGAGUGCGCAGCGGACGCGCCGCGGCAGCCGGAGCAGCCGGAGCCCCCGGAGGGCGGCUGGGGCUGGGUGGUGAUGCUGGCCUCGAUGUGGUGCAACGGGUCGGUGUUCGGGAUCCAGAACGCGUUCGGUAUCCUGUUCAUGUCUCUGCUGAAGGAGUUCGGCAAGGAGGACGACGAAGACCUCCGCUUCAAAACAGCAUGGGUUGGCUCUCUCUCGAUGGGCAUGAUCUUCUUCUGCUCGCCGAUCGUCAGUGUUUUCACCGAUCUGCUCGGCUGCCGGAUUACAGCGGUUGGAGGGGCAGCUGUGGCAUUUGUGGGACUUCUGGCCAGUUCCUUUGUCACGUCUCUCGGCCCGUUGUACUUUACCUACGGCAUAGUCUUCGCCUGUGGCUGCAGCUUUGCAUAUCAGCCGAGUCUGGUGAUCCUGGGACACUAUUUCAAGCGGAGGCUGGGCCUGGUGAACGGCAUCGUGACGGCCGGCAGCAGCGUGUUCACCAUCACGCUCCCGUACAUGCUGACCGGUCUGCUGGGUCGUGUGGGGCUCGCCAACACGCUGCGUGUGCUGAGCGUCUUCAUGUUCUUGCUCAUGCUGGCGGGAUUCACCUACAAACCCCUGCUGCCCAAACCUGUCAGCAGCAGCAAGUCGGGCAGCCGCUGUCCCUCUCUCAACAGGGUGUUUAACGUGCACAUCUGGAGGUCUCUGGGAUAUCGCAUAUGGGCCUUUGGGAUCCCUGCAGCGCUGUACGGAUACUUUGUGCCUUACGUUCAUCUGAUGAAGCAUGUGGAGGAGCGCUUCGGUACGAACACUAAUAAAGAGGUUCUGCUCACCUGCAUCGGCAUCACGUCUGGAGUGGGUCGCCUGAUCUUCGGGAGAGUGGCCGACUACGUCCCUGGGGUCAACAAAGUCUUCCUGCAGGUGUCCUCGUUCCUGGUGAUCGGGCUGAUGUCGAUGAUGAUUCCUCUGUGUCACGUGUUCGAGGGACUGAUCGCCGUGUGUCUGCUCAUGGGUCUGUUCGACGGCUGCUUCAUCUGCAUCAUGGCUCCCAUCGCCUUCGAGCUGGUGGGCUCCCAGAACGUGUCGCAGGCCAUCGGCUUCCUGCUGGGCAUGAUGUCCGUCCCCAUGACCGUCGGACCUCCCAUCGCAGGGUUCCUCAGAGACCGUCUGGGCAGCUACGACGUGGCGUUUUACCUGGCGGGCAUUCCUCCGAUCAUCGGCGGGGCCGUGCUGUGCCUGAUCCCGUGGGUGGAGGCGCGGAAGAGGAGGAAGGAGGAGCCGGCGGCGGCCGAACCCACCGAGAAGAUGCUGGAGAACAAGAACGGUGUGCAGUUGGAGGGGAAGCCCGAGGAGCCCGAGUCCGUCAUCUGAGAGCGACUGACAGACUGACUGACGUGUGUGUGAGUGUGUGAGUGUGUGUGGAGAGUCCUGACGUGAUUUUCUAUAUCUGCAGGAACGUGCAGGCUGGGCAUAAAACAGGGCUUCUCCACCAAUGUGAUUUAUGAGCUAUGCAUCUUUCAGAAUGUUUCCUUGAAUAUUUUUGUACCGAGCUUCUAGGCUUUAAAAGGGAAGUGAAAGUUAGACAAUCAUCGGUGAAGAAGGGAAGAUGUUUGCUGGUGCUUUGACGGAUGAAGCCCUAAGAGAAGAAUCAAGGGAUUUUAUUUUAACCCAUGUUUCCUUUACUCUCAUAAUCUAGCUAUGCAUAUUUUGAUGUCAGACUAUAUGAAGUGGCUCAUGUAUUGUGUUAAAGGGAACGUCAGCCGUGCCAUAUGUGUUCAUUUCCUCCUGAGCUGGGAAGAUAGGGAAGGUGUUUUUGUGACUGCACACUUCAGCCGUGAGUGUUUUUUUAUAUGCAACUAUCUAAGAGGUAUUUUCUCAGAGAAAUUACGGUCUUGCUGCUUUAAUGCACAGAGCAGAUGUUGUCUGAUGCCGUCUCAGUGUUCUCGGUGAGGUUGCUUUUAUGUUGGAGGAACGCUGCUCUGGAACGUUUACAGGAGAGUUUUGGCCUUACCGGAGCAGAUCUCAGUGUUUGACGAGAACUGCCACAGUUUUUUUUACGACUCCGCCGCGUCCGUGGGUUAGAUCGGAGCUCAGUUUUAACAGCGAUCGUGUCACCUUCACAUUUACUGCCACUGAGGCCUUGACUGAAAAAGCACAUACGCGAAGUCCUUUGCUUUAAUUCAGAGAAUCAGUAUAUGAAUGUCCUCUGGGUCCGAGUCACAUUGAAGCAGCUAGACGCCCCGCUGUUAAUCUGGUCCUGGGAUGAUCUACCUCAGGUAACACGAUGAAUCAUCGGUGGAUCAGAGAAGGGAAUCGCCGGAAACUCACUUGAAACGACGGCCACCAAGUGCUCAUACUUCAUAACUAUCCCAUGUUUCAUUACUUUUAUAUCGACUAGCAUUAUCAGUGCCUCGAGGAUAGGAUUAUUGACCGAGGAGUGAUUGGUUUGUGAAUCAGUGGCACGACCAACCAAACGUGUUCGACUCAUUUCAGUGCAUCACAUA